GAACAGCACCGACACCGGAAUCAUGGACCAGCAGUACUGUCUACGUUGGAACAACCAUCAGUCAAACCUGACGACCGUGCUGACGACGCUGCUACAGGAUGAGAAGCUCUGCGAUGUGACGCUGGCGUGCGACAAGGGCAUCGUCAAGGCCCACCAAGCCAUCCUGUCCGCUUGCAGUCCGUACUUCGAGCAGAUCUUCGUGGAGAACAAACACCCGCACCCGAUCAUCUACUUGCGCGACGUGGAGGUGCAAGAGAUGCGCGCCCUGCUCGACUUUAUGUACCAGGGCGAGGUGAACGUCGGUCAACAGAAUCUGCAAAACUUCCUGAAGACGGCCGAAAGCCUCAAGGUCCGAGGACUGACGGAAAGCAGCGCGGACCGGUACUCGUCCGACGCAGAGAAGCUGCGGUCGGAGCGAAUCCGGGAUUCGCGCGAUGAUCGAGAUUCCCUCAGCAGCAGCAGCAGUAACAACAAUAACAAUAAUAAUAACAACAAUAGCAACAGCAACAACAACAACAACAAUACCAUCAGCAGUAACAACAACUCGCUACACCAAAGGCCGAUGCGGGAGAAAGACUUGAGCGAUCACGAUCAGCUUGAGCGCCUACAACAGUCACGUCAGCAUUCACACCCGCAGCAACAACAGCAGCAGCAGCAGCUAGCGCAACAAACGCAACAGCCGCAACAGCAGCAGCAACAGCAGCAGCAGCAGCAGCAGCAUUCCGUUCAGUCACAUCAAUCGUCGCAGCAGCACCAUCCGGCGCAAGUGGCGACGUCACAACAGCAGCAGCAGCAGCAGCAGCAUCCGUCGCGCAGUGCGAGCAUCGAUCUGAUGCAGCUAGCACUGGUGGACGAUCGCGACUAUCUGCCGGGGGACGAUCGCGACAUCUGCCCGGUGGAGAGCAAGAAGAAGCGGAAGAUGUCGGCCACCUGUGAUAACUCGUCGCCCUCCACACCGUCGCUGAUGAACGACCGGCAGGGUGGCUACGAGUCACAGACGUCAUCGCAGGGUAGCUUUAAGCAGAGCCCAAAGCCGGACGAUGACUUCAAGGUGAGCUCACCGGCGCCGGGUCACCCGUUGGCGGGACAUCCACUAGCCGGCAUCAAGCAGGAGCUGCCCGAGUUACCAGUGCGCCAUUCGCUGUCAUCCGAGUUGCUACAGCGACUUGUUUGGGGAGACGAUUCGGCACCGGCAGCUUCGGCACCGAGCACGUCAGCCACCCACUUACCGUCGGCUUCACCGGUGGCCGCGGCAACGUCCAGCGUCGUGCCGCCGAACCGUCACCAUGCCACCGCCAACCGCUCGGCACCAUCACCACUGCCACGCGCAUCUCGCUCCUCCUCCACCACCUCCUCCACCCCCUACUCCAUUUCUUCUUCCUCUUGCUUACCGCACACCUCGUCCGCUCAACGGCAGCCUCGCCCGCCUCGCUCGCUCGAGGCAGACGACGAACCGUUGGUGGACGAGGGGACGAAGGAGGAAGCCAUGGAGGAAGGGGAGGCAGUGGCGGUGGCACAGGGUGCAACGGGCGAUGCCGCUGGCGACGGUGGUCGUGGUCGUGAUGCGUGUGGCGGCGGUGGCAGCGUCGACGACGAUGAGAAGGAAGUGCAGGUGGCGAACGUCAGUGGUGGCGAUGGUGGAAGGAGAGGAAGGAGCAGGGGUGGUGGAACGGUAGGCGAAAGAGUAGGAGCAGGAGAUAGAGCAGGAAAAGAGGAAGAAGAAAAAGGAAGAAGUGGAGGCAGAGGCGCAGGCGGCCAGGACGCUGCAUUGAGCUCGUUGAUCACGGCCAGUACCACUACUACUACUACUGCUACUGCUACUACGACUACUAUGUCUACUUCUGCUGCGGCAACGAGUGCUGUUGCUGCUGCUGCUGCGGCCGCCGCCGCUCUGGCAUCGCUGACGGCUGACUGGUCCCUUGUCAGCGGUGGUGACGGAAGCGGUGCUGCUAGUCAGCAUCAGUCCAGCUUCGAGCGGUACCUGCAGCAGAGCCGUUUGGCUCUGCGUGGCUGCUCAGCAGUACCCAGUGCUGGCGGUAGUAGUGGUGGUAGUGGUGGUGGUGUUAUUGGUGUUAGUGCCACCGGCCCUAGUGAUGACGGUGACAGCCCUAGUCACCUAGUGCCGACAUCCCGGGACUCCAUGCUUGCCGUCGUGGAUGCACUGCGGACCACGCUCAGCAACGCGAUGGAGGCGGAAGAGGGUUUACGCAAAUCGAGCGCCUUAGCGUCCAAGGGUGGUGGCACUCUUUCGUCGCCCUCUGCACCGGUACCGUCUGCAUCGCGCCGCACCACAAGCCAACCGCGUCGGCUUGAAUCGAAGUCGUCCUUGCACCCCCUCGCGCAGCCCUCCCCCUCAUCCUCCUCCUCUUCCUUCUCGGCUGGGACAUCUAUUUCUACUGCUACUACCGCGACUGCUGCUGCUGCUGGCGGCGUCGGCGCCAGCCGAACGGAGCGCGUGGCUACGGGGGCGCGCAAAGGUGGACGUUUUCGCUCGCACUGG